AUGAAGACCGCCUCCCUCUUCUUCGCCGCCUCAAUGGCCGUCGCCGUCGCCGCAAAGACUCUGUCGGACGUGCUGCCCAAGUGCGCUGUCGACUGUGCCAACGAAAGCUUGAAGACGGCCAAGUGCAAGCUUGACGAUACAGCCUGUAUCUGUGCGGACCAGGAGACCUACCAGACCCUCCUUCAGCCAGCAACUGAAUGCAUGCUCAAGGAAUGCGGUCAGGCAGAGACACUCAAAAACGUUGUCCCUGCUGUGAUUAAUUUCUGCGCCGCCGCAAACCCCAAGCUUACGGCUCGUCCUUCCGCCCCCUCGACCUCUGCCCCGGCCGUGCCAAAGACGACUCUGGUGCCGUCUUCCAAGGCCCCAUCUGCUGCGGCUUCUGCUGCGGCUUCCGAGACCUCUCCUGAGGCGUCCGAGACUGCGAUCCCCGAGAAGAAGUGGACGUCGGAUCAGGUUACCGAACUCGUCGAGGCGACUGGCAGUGCAAGCCCGACUGCCGCUUCGUCCGAGCAGGCUGCUUCGACCUCGACCUCGACCUCGACCACGGCCACUGCGGCGCCGUCGACGGCUGCGGCUGCUGGAGCUGCCGGGCCCAUGGUGGCCGCCGCGCUGCUCGUUGCCGGCACCGUUGCGAUGCUGUAG